AUGAAUGUGGGAAAUGUUUUAGCAGUCACUCAGCAUUUGCUAAACAUCAAAGGCUUCACACAGAAGAGAAACCUUUCUCAUGUUCAGAAUGUGGAAAAUGUUUUAGCAUUAAAUCAAGUCUUGUUGGACACCAGAGAACUCACACAGGAGAGAAACCUUUUUCAUGUUGUGAAUGUGGGAAAUGUUUUAGCCGUCACUCAAGUCUUGUUAGUCAUCAGAGAAUUCACACAGGCGAGAAACCUUUUUCAUGUAGUGAAUGUGGGAAAGGUUUUAGCUGUCACUCAAAUCUUAUUAGUCAUCAGAGAACUCACACAGGAGAGAAAACUUUUUCAUGUUGUGAAUGUGGGAAAUGUUUUAGCCGUCACUCAAGUCUUGUUAGCCAUCAGAGAACUCACACAGGAGAGAAACCGUUUUCAUGUAGUGAAUGUGGGAAAUGUUUUAGCUGUCACUCAAGUCUUGUUAGUCAUCUGAGAACUCACACAGGAGAGAAACCUUUCUUAUGUAGUGAAUGUGGGAAAUGUUUUAGCUGUCAGUCAGAUCUUGUUAGGCAUCAGAGAACUCACACAGGAGAGAAACCUUUUUCAUGCCCUGAAUGUGGGAAAUGUUUUAGCCUGCAUCAACAUCUUGUUGUACAUCAGAGACUUCACACCGGAGAGAAACCUUUAUCAUGCUUUGAAUGUGGGAAAUGUUUUAGCUAUCACUCAAGUCUUGUUAGUCAUCAGAGAACUCACACAGGAGAGAAACUGUAGCAGAGCUCCCUGUACCAUGGCUGGGUACCUCCGCCAAGGACCGAUUCCUAGCUGGAACAGGGGGAAAAAAACCUUAGCGCUUCUGCCCCAGUCACCAUGGCUUGACUGUGGUCCGCCUGGAGCCUCUCUCUGUCCUGGAGCAGGAUAG